GUUUUGUCAUGUUUUGUCACGUGACCUCUUAUAGGGUAUAUGUAUUGCGGCAACUUGUUUUAGUAAGACCUGAACAUUUAUUCCAACAAGAAAAUGCUUAGAUUAGUACUUCUAGGGGCCCUGGCCUCUGUGGCCUUUAGCAUGAAUCUGGGUGGUAUGAACUUGGGAGCCAUGGGUGGCCUUAUGGGAAACCUUGGAAACAUGCAACAGCUUAUGAAAAACAUGCCACCAGGGGCGAUCGAAAAUGCUAUUAAAAAUUUAACCCCCGAAAAAAUUAACCAGGCUUUGGAAAGCCCCCAGGUACAGAAAAUGAUGGAAGGAAUGGGUAUAUCAAAAGAACAGGCUGAGCAGGCCGUAAAAAUGCUUCCCAAAGACCCCGAAAAGCUCGCUGGCAUGAUGACCGAAAAAAUCAGCGGCACCAAGGCAACAUUGGAGGGGAUGGGUGUACCAGUUGACGAGCUUCCCCAGAUCAUCGAUGAACUCAAAAGUAAAUUCAAGGAUGACUUUGGAAUUGAUAUUGACAAUGACGAUGAAGAGUCCAUUGUUGGCAAACUUAAGCAGGUCGCCAUUGACCGUAUGAAGGAAGAAGGAGUAGACAUUGAUCCCGAAGAUCCGGAGAAAACAAAGAAAUCUAUGAUCCAGAGGGCCAAGGCUUACUUCGGAGUCUCCCCCGAUAUGGACGAUGAGGAAUUCAAGAAGAUUGUCAUCAAGGACGUUCUGAUCAACCUCCAGCAGCAGGGAUACGACAUUGACCCCGAAGAACCCAAGGAAGCUAUUAUCAAGCUGAAAUCCAUGGCCCUGGAGAUGGCCAAAGACUACGGCUUCGAGAUUAACGAGGAGAUGGAAUGGCCCGAAAUCAAGCAAAAGAUCAUGGAGGUCAUGAGAGAGAAGGGCGUUCCUGUUGAUGACCAGGAGAAACUGAUCCCAUACUUGGCAGAAAAAUUCCAGGAAUACCAGCCACUUAUUAUGGAAUUCCUCAGCAACAUGCAGCCCCAGCCUGUACCUCAGGUGAUUCCCCAGAUGAUGCCUCAGAUGAGACCCAUCCCCAUCAUGCGCCCUAUGCCAAUGCAGCGUCCACCAUUCGCCAUGCCCUUGAGUCUUAACCUUGAAAUCAACAUCGAUGGUGAUAACCAACCAAGUUUCGGUGACAGAUACCAAUACGGCGAGCAAGAAGAGAUGAUGGAAAUGCUCCAGGACCUCCUUCACUACCGCCACAUGGCGAAGAGACUGAUCGCUGAGAACCAGAUGUUGCAGCACCGUCUUAUGGCCUUGGAGAGACCAGUUAUGUCAAGGUCACCCAUGAUUACCGCCAUCAUGGCCAGAUCUGAUACAGAGGAAUAAAUGAUAGAAAAAUAAAUAGAAGACAUCAGAUGUAGACCCGCAGCUCUACCCAGAACAACACAAUGUUAAUCAGGACUAGUAUUGUUUUAAUUGAUCUACCAGCAAUAAUUCUUGUAUACCACGUUUUCAUUAAAAUUUCUAAACAAUA